GGAACUCGGAGAGGCAGGCUGGGCUCUAGGCUGCGCGAUGCCCCUGCACAAGUUCCCGGUCGGCCUGUGGAAGCGGCUCCGGCUGCGGGAGGGGAUCUGCUCCCGGCUACCGCAGCACUACCUGCGCUCCUUGGAGGAGGUGCGAACACCCACUCCUGUGCACUACAGGCCCCACGGGGUUAAGUUCAAGAUCAACCCCAAGAAUGGGCAGCGGGAGCGUGUGGAGGAUGUACCCAUUCCCAUCUACUACCCCCCAGAAUCCCAGCUGGGGCUCUGGGGCGGGGAGGGCUGGAUCUCCGGCUACAGAUAUGUCAACAACGACAAGCUCUCAAAGCGGGUGAAGAAGGUGUGGAAGCCACAGCUGUUUCAGCGUGAGCUGUACAGCGAGAUCCUGGACAGGAAGUUCACCGUGACCGUGACACGGCGGACCCUGGACCUCAUCGAUGAGGCCUACGGGUUUGACUUCUACAUCCUCAAGACUUCCAAGGAGGACCUGUGCUCCAAGUUUGGGAUGGACCUGAAGCGGGGGAUGCUGCUGCGGCUGGCACGACAGGACCCGCAGCUGCACCCGGAGGACCCCAAGAAGAGGGCCGCCAUCUACGACAAGUACAAGGAGUUUGUCAUCCCAGAGGCGGAAGCCGAGUGGGUUGGCCUGACGCUGGAUGAGGCCGUGGAGAAGCAGAGGCUCCUGGAGGAGAAGGCCCCGACUCCUCUGUUCAAGGUCUACGUGGAGGAGCUGAUUGAGCGGCUGCGGCAGCAGGCUCUGGCUGAGCCGGCGGUCGUGCAGAAGAAAGCCAGCAGGACAUGAGCGACUCGGACCCAUGCCGGAUAGCCGUGCUCACCGCCUCGCCUGCCGCGCAGCACUGUGGACCCAAGAGCCUGGGGUGGUGCGGAGGGCCACGCGUGGGUAGUGGAUGAACCCGUUCUCUGAUGACCCAGCAGCUUGCAGGGUUGGGCAGGUUUUGUGGAGGCCCCAGGAAGUCUUGUCCCAGGGUCCCCAGAGGUCUGGGGCCAUCUUGCUGCCUCUGCAGUCCCCCUCCCCCCUCAAGUGGGGGCCUAGCUGACGUGGGGUCACCACACUUUGGGGGCAGCACAAGUAAAGUCUGAACUAGGCUA